AUGGACGAUGCCGGCGAGAUGCACGCGUUUGGGCGCAGCCUGCGGGGGGAGAGCUCGGUUUGGUCGCGCGGCAGUGGCGACCUGUUCCCGCGGUCGUCGCCGGACUAUGACGAGGAGGAGGCACUGCGAUGGGCGGCGCUGGAGAAGCUGCCCACCUACGACCGCGCCCGGACGGCGGUGCAGGCCAUGCCGGGGGAGGGGCUUAAGGAGGUGAACGUGGAGAAGCUGAGCGCCCAGGAGAAGCACGCGCUGCUGCAGCUCGUCGCGUGGGUCGGCGACGACCACGAGCGCUUCCUCUCGAAGUUCAAGGACCGCCUCGACCGAGUUGGGAUUCAGCUGCCGACGAUCGAGGUGAGAUACGAGAACCUCAACGUGGAGGCACAGGCGCACGUUGGGAGCAGGGGCCUGCCCACCAUCCUCAACACCUAUGCCAAUCUACUGGAGGGCCUGGCAAAUGCUCUUCACCUAACACCAAACAGGAAACAGAAGAUACCAAUCCUUCACAAUGUCAGUGGAAUCAUCAAGCCCCACAGGAUGACCUUGCUUUUGGGACCCCCUGGCGCCGGAAAGACCUCACUGCUUUUGGCCUUGGCCGGAACUCUGCCUUCAAGUCUUAAGAUGUCUGGGGACUUAACUUACAAUGGGCAUACUAUGGAUGAGUUUGUGCCACGGAGAUCUGCAGCUUAUGUCAGCCAACAUGAUCUGCACAUGGCCGAACUGACUGUCCGUGAGACAGUCAACUUCUCUGCAAAAUGUCAAGGAAUUGGUCACCGUUUUGACCUGCUAAUGGAGCUAUCCCGGAGAGAAAAGGAACAACACAUCAAACCAGACCCAGAAAUAGAUAUCUACAUGAAGGCUGCUGCAACAGGAGAUCAAAAAGCCGAGGUGGUCAUAAAUCACAUACUAAAGGUCUUAGGGUUGGAUAUCUGUGCUAAUAUAAUGAUAGGAAACAAUAUGUUGCGAGGCAUAUCAGGAGGGCAAAAAAAGAGAGUAACUACAGCUGAGAUGCUCGUCACACCCGGACGAGCCCUUUUCAUGGACGAGAUAUCAACUGGACUUGAUAGCUCGACAACCUUCCAGAUUGUGAACUUCAUCCGACAAACAAUCCACAUUAUUGGUGGAACAGCAGUCAUUGCCUUGCUACAACCUGCACCAGAGACAUAUGAAUUAUUUGAUGAUAUAAUUCUCCUUUCAGAUGGUCAUGUUGUCUAUAAUGGCCCUCGACAAUAUGUUCUCGAGUUCUUUGAAAUAAUGGGAUUCAAAUGUCCCAAGCGAAAAGGCGUAGCUGACUUCCUGCAAGAAGUUACAUCAAUAAAAGAUCAAGGACAAUACUGGAUAAACAAUGAUGAGACAUACAGAUUUGUUCCGGUCAAGGAGUUUGCGGAGGCAUUUCAAUCUUUCCACGUUGGUCAAGCUAUAAGGAGUGAGUUAGUUGUGCCAUUUGACAAGGACAAAAGUCAUCCCGCAGCUCUGAAAAAAUCACAAUACGGUGCCAGCAUGAAGGAACUACUCAAAGCUAAUAUCAACAGAGAUAUAUUGCUCAUGAAGAGGAAUUCCUUUUUGUAUAUAUUCAAGGCAACCCAGUUGACACUCUUGGCGAUCAUUGCAAUGACCGUAUUUCUGCGCAUCAAUAUGCAUCGUGACUCGGUAACAGAUGGAGGGAUAUACAUGGGUGCUAUCUUCUUUGGGAUCUUGAUGAUAAUGUUCAAUGGGUUUGCAGAAGUAGGUCUAACUACUAUAAAGCUCCCGGGUUUUUUCAAGCAACGAGAUCUUCUCUUCUUUCCAGCAUGGAUAUACUCGUUGACUUCAUGGAUCAUUAAGACCCCCCUAUCCUUGCUCAAUGCAACAAUUUGGGUUGGGAUAACAUACUAUGGUAUCGGAUUUGAUCCCAACAUACAAAGAUUUUUUAGACAGCUCCUACUGCUCUUCUUAGUGAACGAGGCAUUUUCUGGACUCUUCCGCUUCGUUGCUGGCCUUGCAAGGCAUCAUGUUAUUGCAAACACCAUCGCUUCCUUCUGCAUGUUAAAUUUUAUGCUCACUGGUGGAUUCGUCAUGGCAAGAGACAAUGUGAAGAAUUUGUGGAUAUGGGGAUACUGGAUAUCACCCCUGAUGUAUGCACAAAAUGCCCUAUCGGUGAAUGAGUUCCUAGGUCAUAGCUGGAACAAGACAACCCCCAGUUUCAAAAGACCACUUGGAAGACUAGUUCUGGAAUCUCGAGGGAUUUUUCCUAAUACAAAGUGGUACUGGAUUGGUGUUGGUGCCUUGCUCGGAUAUGUGCUACUAUUUAAUAUCCUAUACAGUGUUUUCCUCACAUUCCUCAAUCCAUUUGACAACAACCAGCCAACAGUAUCUGAAGAAACAUUGAAGAUAAAACAAGCUAAUCUCAUUGGUGAACUUUUAGAAGCAUCAUCGGGAGGAUGGGUUAACAACAGUACAAUGGCAUCUAGAGAUACUGCGGACGGGAGCAAUGACAAAUCAAAUUCUGACCACACAACUAUGAAUUCUAUUCCAGGCAAGAAAGGAAUGGUCCUACAUUUUGUACCUCUCUCUGUCACAUUCGAUGAUAUAAAAUACAGUGUAGACAUGCCAGAGGAAAUCAAAGCACAAGGUGUGGUGGAGAGCCGAUUGGAAUUACUAAAAGGUGUCAGUGGUUCAUUUAGGCCAGGAGUACUCACAGCUCUUAUGGGUGUAAGUGGUGCCGGUAAGACAACACUGAUGGAUGUGUUGGUUGGACGGAAGACCAGUGGAUACAUAGAGGGCAACAUUACAAUCUCCGGAUAUCCAAAGAAGCAAGAAACUUUUGCUCGUGUAUCAGGUUACUGUGAGCAGAAUGACAUCCAUUCACCAAAUGUGACUGUGUAUGAAUCACUUGCAUUCUCUGCAUUUCUCCGAUUACCUGCCAAUGUUGAGUCCUCAACAAGAAAGAUGUUCAUUGAUGAGGUAAUGGAGCUAGUGUAA